CGCAGGCGUGAACGCAGAUAUGUUGAAUGGUAAGGUUAGGUUUUCGUUUAGGUGAAUCGUGGAAGAAGACUUUAGGCUAUUGGAAAAAUUGUCAAAAUGUCCAGUUCGCGCACGAUAAUCUGUCUACUGCGAAAUGAUUUGCGUCUUCAUGAUAACGAGGUGUUCCAUUGGGCCCAGAAGAAUGCAGAGCACAUAGUUCCACUCUACUGCUUUGACCCUCUUCACUAUUUGGGAACAAGCUGCUUCAAUUUCCCAAAGACAGGGCCUUUCCGUUUGCGCUUCCUUCUUGACAGUGUAAAUGAUCUGCGGGCCUCCCUCAAAAAGAGAGGAAGCAACCUUGUGGUGCGUCGUGGAAAACCGGACCAAGUGGUUGGUGAUCUUAUCAAACAGCUUGGUUCGGUCACCGCAGUUGCCUUCCACGAAGAGGUGACGCAAGAGGAGAAGGAGGUUGAGAAGCAAAUAAAGGAUGUUUGCUUGAAAAACCAGGUCAAAGUUCAAAGCUUUUGGGGUUCCACACUUUAUCACAGACAUGACCUGCCCUUCAAUCACAUCAGUAGACUCCCUGAUGUGUACACCCAGUUCAGGAAGGCAGUGGAGUCCCAGAGCAGGGUGAGGCCAGUCCUCCCCACCCCAGCCCAGCUGAGGUCUUUGCCCCUGGGCUUGGAGGAAGGGCCAGUCCCCACGUACCAGGACCUGGAGCAGCUAGAGCCAGUGACUGAUCCACGCUCCGCCUUCCCUUGCCACGGAGGAGAGAGCGAGGCUUUGGCCCGACUAAAACACUACUUCUGGGACACAGAUGCUGUGGCAACUUACAAAGAAACCCGAAAUGGUUUGAUUGGGGUCAAUUAUUCUACAAAAUUUGCACCAUGGCUUGCCAUGGGCUGCAUAUCUCCACGAUAUAUUUAUGAACAGAUCAAGAAAUACGAACAAGAGAGAACGGCCAACCAAAGCACAUACUGGGUAAUAUUUGAGCUCCUUUGGAGGGAUUACUUCAGGUUUGUGGCUUUGAAGUAUGGAAACAGACUUUUUCAUUUGAAUGGUCUACAAGACAAGCAUGUGCCAUGGAAGACAGACAUGAAACUUUUGGAUGCAUGGAAAGAGGGACGGACAGGAGUGCCUUUUGUGGAUGCCAAUAUGAGGGAGUUGGCCCUCACUGGCUUCAUGUCCAACAGAGGGCGACAGAAUGUAGCCAGCUUCCUCACCAAAGACCUGGGUCUGGAUUGGAGGAUGGGGGCAGAGUGGUUUGAGUACUUACUGGUUGACUAUGAUGUGUGCAGCAACUAUGGAAACUGGUUGUACAGUGCUGGCAUUGGCAAUGACCCUAGAGAGAACAGGAAGUUCAAUAUGAUCAAACAGGGACUGGAUUACGACAAUAAUGGAGACUAUGUGAGGCAGUGGGUACCUGAACUGCAGGGCAUUAAAGGAGGGGACGUUCACACACCAUGGGCUCUGAGCAGUGGUGCCUUGUCACAUGCCAAAGUGUCUCUGAAUGAGACAUACCCAUCCCCAGUCGUCAUGGCACCUGAAUGGAGUCGACAUGUCAACAAGAAACCAUCUGGUGGAUCUGGACCUGCUGCACGAGGAAGAAAGGGUCUUUCGCAUACUCCCAAACAACACAAGGACAGAGGCAUUGACUUUUACUUCUCUAAGAGUAGGGGUCUAAAGACCUCCAAUGAGGGACUGUGAUUGACUUCAGGGAUUGUCUCUGCUUUUGACAGGGCUAGUUAGUUUCCACAGUAAAUCAUACCCUUAUUAUGCCCAACAGGCUAUAGAGCAUGUGGUAUAUUUGCUCAAAUAUAUUUUCUGUUUACAGAAAUGGUAAAGCCUUAAGCCUGAGAUGCAUUAAGUGAAAAUGAAAAGUGAACUCCUUCACCUGUGCAAUAUUUUGUUAAUGUCUAAAGUGUUUUAGUUAAUGACAUUGUUUUAUGAAGUUUUGUAAUUGAUUGAUUGAUGAUUAAUAUCAAGUCUGUUAUGCUCAUCUCCUGAAACGUUUUUAAAGAAACCUUUGUAAUAUUGAAGGUUCAGGUCUGUGUGAUUCUGACACUUACAGCAUAAGGAAGUUGGAGGUCAUAGUUAUAUUGUAGGCUAUAAUGGAAAUUAAUUUACAAGAAAGGGGAAGAGAAACUACUGACCUGUUUUGGAUGAUUUGAAAUGGCAGAAGAUUCACACAAAUAAACAACUUUUUUCAUUAAA